AUGUACAGAACCAUUAAAAGGCUCGGCAUACCGGACUCCAACAUCAUUCUCAUGCUGGCCGACGAUGUGGCAUGCGAUGCUCGCAACAUUUUCCCUGCUAGCGUCUUCGGCAACCGAGACCGCCAACUGGAUCUAUACGGCGACAGCGUGGAGGUGGACUAUCGAGGCUACGAGGUCACAGUUGAGAACUUCUUGCGUGUUCUCACCGGGAGAUUUGACAAGCAUGUUCCGCCAAAUAAGCGCCUACUCACCGACGCUUCGUCGAACGUGUUCCUGUACCUCACUGGCCAUGGCGGUGACGAGUUCCUCAAGUUUCAGGACAACGAGGAGCUCUCUGCGUUUGACAUCGCAGACACAGUUGAGCAGAUGCACGAGAAGAGGCGUUACAACAAACUCCUGUUCAUGAUCGACACUUGUCAGGCGAACACCAUGUUUUCGCAAUUCUACUCGCCUGACAUCAUUGCCACCGGAUCGUCAGCCAAAGGCGAGAACUCGCUGUCUCAUCACGCCGAUGAUCAGAUCGGGGUAUCUGUCAUCGACUCUUACACGCAUUUUACUUUGAACUACUUGGAAGGAUUCAACAAGUCCUCGAAGGCUACUUUCGACAGUUACGAUCCUGUUCAAAUCCUAUCCAAUGCCGGCGUCUCCACAAGUCUGAGCAAGACACCACCGGCAGAGAUUCUACUGACCGACUUUCUGGGUGGUGUCUCGCGAGUGGAGAUCUCGGACGGCAAGGUCAGCGUCGGAGAAGAUGGAUGGAUAGAAUCGGAGACCGUUGAGGUCGAAACACUGCCACCGCCUCUGAAUGCGUUCCGCCCCAUCAGUGCCGCAUUAGUGUAG